AUGCCACCUAUCCCAUCUCCACGGUCCUGCCAACCUAAUGGAGCCAAUGAAGAAGCCCUGCGGUAUGAAAUCAAAGAGCUGAAACAGAAGGACCUUGCUCUAGACCAGGAAAUUGCACAAUUAUUGUCUGAAGGCUACAGCCUGGAGGAACUGGAGAAGCACAUCUCUCUGCUCCAUGAGUAUAAUGAUAUUAAAGAUGCUGGACAGAUGCUGCUGGGCAAGCUGGCUGUUAUCCGAGGGGUUACUACAAAGCAGCUCUACCCUGAAUACGACCUGGACCUAAGCGACUAGUACUGAACCUGAAGACUGCCACGUCCUGCAAAAAUGACUGUUACCAGGCCGUUACGUUUUGGUGUCAUAUCGGUUUAGAAGUGAUACAAGGUGGCCUCGGAAGUAUGUAUUGCAACAGAGUGUGGGUUAACAGCCUUAUUUCUAAGAAGCUUUGGAACAUGAAAGUUGUUGAAUCUGUCAGCUGUUUCCUGCUUGUGGGAAAGGGACGUAGGACUGUGGAUAAUUUUGUCUACUACCUGAUCAACAGGUUUUUUUAUUUUUUAUUGGAAAGGUUUUAAUUCAGGUUGACAUUAAGACUCUUUCCAUCGAGCCUUUGCUUCUCUACAACAUCCAGGGGCUAUUUGGAUACACUAAUCUGCAGGUGGAAGCAGCUACUACUGAAUGGAUAGAGGAAGCGCAGGCGUACAAAUGUGCAGUGUAAUAGCUGCUUUGAAAGAAAAGAAAAAACCCUCAGGAGUAAGGAGGGAAGAAGGCUGAAGUUGUGGUGGUUUGGGGGUUUUGUUUUGUUUUAUGAUCAAAUCUGGGUAAGUCUGGAUGUUCUGCGUUUUUGUACUUAACUGCUCUGGUAUCUAGAGGUUUUGUAUCAUUUCUGCAGUAAAUGACAAAAUGUGAAGUUGUGUUGAACUGUCCAGUCUGAAUAAAGCAGCUAUUGCAUUUCUCAGUG